AUGGAAGCCAACCGCAGUCGUCUGCUGACCACAGGUCGUCCUUACCUUCAGGUUUUUUCGGUAUUCGGACUUACACCUCCUCCAAUUUUAUUUGACAAAACCCUCGACAAGCGUCAACAGCGUUACUUUAAGGCAGCAUAUAUCUGCUUUGCUUUUACAAUACUUCUGGUGGUCAUCUAUGAGUGCUAUGUUAACAUUAUGGCCCUGCAGCUGCAUCUUUAUCAAUUUCACGUUGAAGACUUCAGUAAUGUUAUGGGAAGAACGGCAAAGAUUAUUGUGGUGGCCAUGAUUAUAUGCAACCAACUAAAUAUGGUAGUGAACUUUCGACGCCUUGGUGAAAUCUAUGAGGAUAUUGCUGAUUUAGAGGCGGAAAUAGAAGAUAUUUCCAGGUGUUUCAAUGGAAAGCGACACUGGUGUACUUUCCGACUCCGUUUGGCCGUCUCCAUUGGUUUAUGGAUAGCGUUUCUUGUGAAAUUGGCUCCACCUUUAAUAUUGAUCGGCCUGGGACCCUUUCUUCACUGGGCAAAUAAGUUUCUCACGGAGGUUAUACUUUUAAUGUUACAACUUAAAGGACCAGAGUAUUGUCUUUUCGUGUUAUUGGUCUAUGAGCUGAUUCUUCGAGUGCGCCAUAUCCUAGAGGAGAUUCAGGUUGAAUUGGAGAUCUGCCACUCCAGCGAAAGAAUUCAAGAGUUAUGUGUAACUCUAAAGCGGAACCAGUUGCUGCUUGGGCAAAUCUGGAGGUUGGUGGGUGAGAUUGGCAUAUAUUUCACCUUGUCUAUGACGCUGCUGUUCCUCUACAACGGACUGACAAUCCUGCACAUUAUCAACUGGAUGUUAAUAAAAUAUGCUAAUCCCAACGAUUGUUGUCAAUACAUGAGAGUUGGUGCCAGUCUUUUAUUAGCGAUCAACCUUCUGUUGGUCAGCUAUUAUUGCGAAAGCUGUCUAAAAGCUUACUUAAGCAUUACAUACAUUCUUCACCAAAUAGCUAAAUUACCUGUAGUUGAGCAACUUCCAAUGCUACAAAGGGGUCUGAGGGAAUACUCUUUGCAAAUGCAACACCUGAAGCUACUUUUCACUUGCGGCGGAUUAUUCGACAUAAAUCUAAAAAACUUUGGCGGGAUGGUGGUCACUAUAUUCGGCUAUAUAAUUAUUUUAAUACAGUUUAAAAUUCAGGGUUUUGCCCAAUUAAAAUAUACCGAUAAUAUAAGCCAUAUUGUAGAAUAA